AUGUCCUCCGCCGUUGUGCACAGCGACGACCUCAUGGAGCCCACGCUCCAGUCGGUGGUGAACCAGAAGACCUUGCGCUGGAUCUUUGUCGGCGGUAAAGGAGGUGUCGGCAAGACUACGACUUCCUGCUCUCUUGCAAUUCAGCUUGCCAAAGUUCGCAAAUCUGUCCUCCUCAUCUCCACCGACCCCGCGCACAACCUUAGCGAUGCCUUCGGUCAGAAGUUCGGAAAGGAGGCCCGGCUGGUCGAUGGAUACUCGAAUCUGAGCGCUAUGGAGAUCGACCCUAACGGCAGUAUUCAAGAUCUCCUGGCUAGUGGUGAAGGCCAGGGCGACGACCCUCUGUCUGGUAUGGGUGUUGGUGGAAUGAUGCAGGAUCUUGCGUUCAGUAUCCCCGGUGUUGAUGAAGCUAUGUCUUUUGCCGAAGUCCUGAAGCAGGUCAAGUCGCUGUCCUACGAAGUUAUUGUGUUUGACACUGCGCCGACCGGUCACACCCUCCGCUUCCUCCAGUUCCCUACUGUCCUAGAGAAGGCUCUCGCCAAGCUGUCGCAGCUGUCCUCUCAGUUUGGUCCCAUGUUGAACUCGAUCCUUGGUUCUCGUGGCGGUCUGCCCGGCGGUCAAAACAUCGAUGAAUUGUUGCAGAAGAUGGAGUCGCUGAGAGAGACUAUCAGCGAAGUCAACUCGCAGUUCAAGGACGCUGAUCUGACUACCUUCGUCUGUGUUUGUAUCGCGGAAUUCUUGUCCCUCUACGAAACCGAGCGUAUGAUUCAGGAGCUCACGAGCUACAACAUCGAUACCCAUGCCAUUGUGGUCAACCAGCUCCUGUUCCCCAAGCAAAGCAGCGAGUGCGAACAAUGUAAUGCACGAAGGAAGAUGCAGAAGAAGUAUUUGGAGCAGAUUGAAGAGUUGUAUGAAGACUUCAACGUGGUCAGGAUGCCAUUGCUGGUUGAGGAAGUCAGAGGCAAGGAGAAGCUUGAGAAAUUCAGCGACAUGCUUGUGAACCCGUAUGUACCCCCGGAGGGCAACUGA